GUUCUCUGUUGACUGUGCAAAUGCAACAUACUAAAGAGGGUAAGUGGCAGUGGCAGUGAUUGAGAAAAUGAUUUUGUUUUUAAGUGUUCGUAGUCAUUUCCAUGUGGUCCGGCAGGCUAGUGAACACAGGUAUAUAGUCAGUUUUCUUUUUUUGGCUUCUCCUGUCUGAAAGGCUUUUCUUUUUAGCUGAAGAUUCUGAGUGUGAUGUAUCUUGGAAUUAUCAUGCAAUUACCAGAACCACAUGGUCUGAUGACCAGAGGUCUUGACAUAGAGAUUGGUAAUAGACCUGAGAUAUGCAUGAUCACCAGUGGAGGAAAUUGUGUUUGUGAAAGGUUUCUUCUCUUAAACUAGAACUUCUCUGUUCAAAAAUGCCAAGUUUUAUGGACCUAGAUGCUGUUAACUCUAACUACAAGGAAUUCUUUGGAGAUUUUCAAAUGUAGUUUUGAACACAGUUCUUAGUGCAGAUGAUGGGAGUUGCAUGACUCUCAGGUGGCUGUGAAUGCAUUUGUCGAGAUCUGAGUUUGCUUGGAUGCCUCUCUUGAGUUGUGCACAGAACAGUGAAGAAAAGACCAUGGUUUCCUGCAUUCACAUUGCCUUUGUAUUCAGCUUUUCCAGCCUUGCCAAGUGCAUUACUACAAUUACUUGGAAUGUUGAAGCCAUGUUGAAAGUUACCAGACCUACCUGUGCUUGAGGUCGUUUUAUAGAGAACAGUCAUGUUUUCCCUCAAAGGAAUAUUUGUUCACAGUUUGAGAAAUGCUCUCUUUCAAUAUGGAGAGUUUUAUCUGUUGUGCUUCCAACUUAUUGCUCUGGUGUAUGGUUUUUUAGAAGCUCAUAUAGUUAAGAGGGUCUCAACUAUCCAAAUGUAAUUUGGCAUGACGUGGGAAUUGCACUGUUUUGCUAUCAUUAUUUGGGGGUGUUCAAGGAAAGACUGGAUGUUGUGUUGAGGGAUAUGGUUUAGUGGGAGCUAUUGGUAAUAGGUGAACGGUUGGAUUGGAUGAUCUUUUAGGUCUUUUCCAACCUUGGUGAUUCUAUAAUUCUAUGAUUUUCUAAUAUAGGACAAUAUUGAGGUGGCCUGUCUGAGCUUUCAGCAUUGUCUUGACUGUUUGAUAGAAAGUAUGGGUUUUGUUUGUUUGUUGACUUGCUGAAGAACAUAGUCUGGCAGGGAUUCAGAUGUGCUUCUGUCACUCUACUUUCUCUCUUGGGAGAAACUAGAGAGUUAGGCAGCUCUUCUUAGGAUUGUCCUGGGCAAUGCAUGAGAGGGUAUCAGGCUGCCCACGCUUUACAGUCCAUAAGGCAUGGAAAGAAGCUGAGGUAACUUAAUGCAUGAUUUGCAUUUCAAAAAAUCAACUAUUUGGACAUUUGAUUAAAAAAUACAGUGUUGGUGGCCUCAGGAGUUUAUCUACCUCUGCUUUGGCAGAGGACAGCCUGUCAUUUAUCUGCGAUAGUUGUGUAGCAUGUUCUUCUUGUGGGGCUAAUUUUGAAGAUGUCUUGGAGGCUACAGCUGGCUGCCUACCAGGUUUGCAGCUUCUGAAUCAGAGACAGACCCUGUUUGGUGUUCUUUAAUAACAUUUGUUCCAUUUAUUAUCAAUGUGAUGUAUGUAAAGCCUAGUAUUGAGGGUAGGGAGUUCAGGUCUGAGGGGAUGUGCGUGGUAUUCUGCUGAGGGGUCUGUAGACACUUUUUGUCUCUUACUUGCAUCCUCACAGUUUUGCAUUCAGCAGGGUGUUAGCCAAGACCCUUUAAUUUAGAAGCUUUCCCAUGCAAAGACAAGGCUUAUCAACCUCAAGGCACAAUGCAAAGUCUGCUGGCUUUCUUCAGGAAGGUGUUAGGAAACUCCUCAGAGGACUGACUCCUGGGUUGCAUGGUUCCUGUAUUAAAUUCUAAUCUUUCACAGUUAACUUGAGAUAAUAAAUGGUCUUCAUCCUGUGCCUGGAGAACUUGCAAAGUAGGUUUGAGCAGUUUUCCUUUCAAACACGUGGUAUUUUAGCCAGUAUAUCUUGCUGCAUGUUACAGUCGAGAGCGCAGAGACCUCUUUCCCCAUUCUCCCGAUGACAGGUUCCUGGUUGUUGACUGAAUCAAGUUGUGUGUCUUCACACCCGUUUCCUUCUCCAAAAAAAGGCAAUCGGCACGAGGACGGGACGCAGAGCGACUCGGAAGACCCUGUGGCACCCAAGGCAGAGAAGGAGCCGACGACGGGUGGUGAGCGGGUGACAGAGCAAGCCAAGCUACAGCGCCAGAUGAGGCGCGAUCCCCACGAGAUGCUGCACAACAAGCAGGCGUUUGUCAUUGAGUUCUUUGAGGACACACCAAGGAAGAAGCGCUCACAGUCCUUCACACACAGUGCUCACUCCUCUCAGAGCGACACCGAUCCUGGGCUCAAGACCAAGGUUGAGAAACGCAAGAAUGCGGUGCCAACGGAGAAGCAGGGCAGCGCGGUGCCACCAUCCCACGCUGGGACACAAGGGGGCAAAGCCACCAGCAGCUCCUCUGGGACCCAAAGGGCUAGCUCCUUCAAGAGGGAAAAGACAGAGGAGCGAAUCAACUCUUCAUCCUCCUCUGCCUCCAGAGCAUCAGGCAGAGCUUAUGGGAGCGUUGGGAGGAAAUCUAAAAUGGCUCAGGAUUUUAUGGCUGAGUACCUGAGGGAGACAGCUCAGACCGGGAAGGCAGGCUCUGAGAAACCAGCACCUCAGCCUGUGCCGGCGGCCCCACGUGUGGUCAUAUCUUCAGAGCCAGAGCCUGCCUCUGCUCCAUCUCCAGAGCUAAAGGCUGCCCAGGGCAGGAGGAAUGACGAGGAAGACAGCGUGAGUGAGACUGGCACAUACACCAUUGAGACAGAGUCACAGGAUAAGGAGGUGGAGGAAGCACGAAAAAUGAUUGAUCAGGUUUUUGGUGUUCUUGAGUCGCCUGAAUUUUCCAGAAUAUCAUCAGCUUUUAGACCAAUAAUAAAAGGUGAAAAAGACGACUCUGGUUCUCAUCAGCAUUUAGUCAGUGAAAAUGGUACUUGUCAGAAGUCACCCUUGCUCCAGGCAUUUGCUUCAAAAGCUGCGAGUGGGUCUCAGGCUGACAUGCAGAUGUCUGCAGCAUCUCAAGGAAGUCAGAAGUGGGUGUCAAGGUGGGCAAGUCUUGCUGACAGCUACUCUGACUCUGGAUCUGUCUCGGGACAAGCUGACGGAGCUCCAGAAAAUGGUGCAGCCCCAAAAUCUGGGGAACCUGAAAAUGCUGUGCCCUUGAGAACAAGGCGUCUUCUUCCCCAGCUUCCACCAAGCGAUAAAUCAGAGAGCCCCACACCCACAGUUUUGGUCUGCCAGGAGUCCUAUUCCGAGGUUACGAAGAGAACCAUUGUGAAGGAUCACUGCGUGGAAGCCUACAGCGAUCACAGCAGCCGCCUCUUCAUUCAGGAAGACUUAGAUCCAGAUAGCCUCAGCGAUGCCAGCAGAUCUGAUGAUGGCUUCAGCUCAGAAAAAGGAAGAAAGUAUAAAGAGAACAAUAAAAUGCUAGAGCAGAUGGGGGAAGACACAAAAUCAGAGAGCCGGCAGCCGGGAGCCCCCCGGGUUGCAAAUGUGAGAGCUGUGAGUGAGACGGUUUCUACUUCGUUCUACAUUGGUGACGACAGCAGCGAUGUGGGGAUUCCCUCCAAGCUCUCUCUGAGCGUGGCCCAUGCUCGAGCUGACAGAGAGGGAAAGGAACAGGAAUUUUCCUUCAAGUCUACUGGCACGCCUGUUCCUGGAAAGCCCUUGGGCAAAGAUGUCAGCGCUUACAUUAACACAGCAGGAAAAAUGGUUAUUUCCAUUCAUCAAGAUCAGGAAAACACGGCAGGAAAGGAAAUAUCUUUUGUUAGGCAGGAAAGUUUUACCAAAGAUAAAUCAAGCAGUGCUGUUCCUCAAAACAAGCUUCCUCAUAUUUCAAGUCACCCUCUGCUCAAAGAUUUAGAGGCUGUUCGGUCAAACCGCAUGGACUUUGGACAGGACACUCAUCUUCUUCUUAAGGACACUGAAACUGCCUUGGCGGCGCUGGAAGCCAAAUUACUUGGUCAAAACCAAAAGCUGGAGCCCUCGGAAACUGCUGGUCAGCUGGAGGACUCCCUGUCUGGUGACUCAGACGUGGACACAGCCAGCACGGUCAGUUUGGUGAGCGGCAAAAAUGUCCCCACAAGCGCCCCAAAACGCAAAGCAGUGGCGAGCUUGCAGAAGGAGAAAUCUUCUUCCUCACCAUCAAUCCAGGACCAGUGUGGGCAGCCCAGUGCACGGGACAGGCUGACGGAGAAGCGGAAGGCCAACGUGCCAGAGGCUCCGAGGUCUGUGGAGGCCACCAAGCGCUUCCAAAUGAAGCGGAGUGCUGGGACUCGGGGGUCACUUGACUUUACAGAUGACGAGAGGAGCUCGAGUCUGCCUUACUUGCCAGUCCCUGAUGCAGUGGUGUCUGACCACGAGCACUCGGUGCCCCGACCUGCUCCCAGAAGGAAGCCUUUUACUCAGGCUGCCAAGGAGGAUCACAGCAAAGCAACGGCAAAUGUGCAGAAGAUCCAGCAAGUUCUCACCCGCUCCAACAGCUUAUCCACCCCGCGGCCCACGAGGGCCUCAAAGCUGCGUCGUGCCCGGCUGGGAGAUGCUUCAGACAACGAGUGUGUUGAUGCUGAGAAAACAGCCUCCAACCCUGAAGCUGUUGCACCAGGCUCCAAGCAGUCCACAGAGACAAAAAAGCUGUCCCGGCUUGACAUCCUCGCCAUGCCGAGGAAGCGGGCAGGUUCAUUUACGGUGCCCAGUGACUCUGAGACAGCACAGUCAAGGACAGGGUUUUCUGGCCGGAGUGUGGAGUCCUAUCGGAAGGCGACUGUGUCGGAGAUCCGAGCUGCAGCGAGGAAAACAGCAGCUGCUGCCUCUGCCAAGCAGCCGUUCAGUAGGACCCGCUCAAGCAGUGUCAAGUAUUCCUCCACCUCCACAUCAAGGCGGAGACCGCAGGGUUCAGAUUACACUUCUACUUCGGAGGAAGAAUAUGGCUCAAAUCACAGCUCCCCUAAACACAAACGCUCCCAUACUUCAACAGCCACACAGACGCCGAGGAUACGUGGCUCUGGGCUGGGCAAGCAGAAACACAAUGGCAGAGAGACAGAUGACGACGAAGACUUUGAUGACCAUCCCGACCCCUACAACUUCAUGGCACAGACAGCAGAGAUAGCAGAAAUAGCCAGGCUUAGCCAGACCUUGGUGAAGGAUGUGGCCAUCCUUGCUCGAGAGAUUCACGAUGUUGCUGGAGAUGGGGACUCGCAGAGUUCGUCAGGGACAGGACCAAGCACCUCCCUCAGCUCUGUGCCCAACACUCCUGCUUCCACCAUAUCAGCAAGAGAAGAGAUUGCUCGUAGAUCUUUUCGGCUGGCAUAUCCAUCUCAGUUGGUGCAGCACAUUCCAGAAGCAAGUCUGAACUACCAGAAAGUGCCUCCGGGAUCAGUGGAACUGAAGAAUUUUGACCAAAAUAUGAAUGAUAAUAGAGAAGACGAUCUAUCCAAAAAAACAAGGACACGAAACCGUGAGGAGGUCAUCUUUGACAACCUGAUGCUGAACCCAGUGUCCCAGUUAUCGCACACAAUCCGUGAAAACACAGAAAACCUAGCUGAAAAAAUGAAGAUUUUGUUUCAAAACUCAGAGAGGACCUGGGAGGAGAUGGAGGCCAAAAUUAACUCUGAAAACGAAGUGCCAAUUCUGAAGACAUCAAACAAGGAAAUCAGUUCUAUCCUGAAGGAGCUCAGGAGGGUUCAAAAACAGCUUGAAGUGAUAAAUGCUAUCAUUGACCCUACUGGAAACUUGGAUGUAGUUGCCAGUAACAAAGCAUCUUCUGCUGCUAAACAAUCAACAGCCACUAAAGUCAGGACUGCUAACGCUUCUGGAUCCACACUGGAGACUUUGUCUCCAGCACAGAUGAGAAACUACACACAGAAAUCAAACUGUGGGUCUUCUAGCUUGCAAGAUACAAAUUUCAUUCCAGAUGGAGAGAAAUACGUGAUCUGAUAUUUUGUAUUGCUAUCAUAUUGUAAUCUACUGUAGUAUUGUGUGUGAGUGGUUUGUGGACAGUUUGUGUGGAGCAGUUGUUUAGAUUGCUAAUACAUUGCACAAAAGAAAGGAAUCUAUGCUGUGAGGGUGAAUGGCAAGUCUGCAUAUGCCUUUGAAUCAAGACUAGCACUGUGGAGCAGCACAUGUUCAGCAUAGAGGCAAACUGAUUUCUAACAAUUUACUCACUCUUCCAGUGUUGUGCCAUAAGCAAACAGGCUUUGCACACCCUCUGUUCAGUACUGCCCAGUGCUUUUGCAUCAGCCUGUUCAUAAUGAUUCAGUUGUAACGAGGCUCAAUUUAAGAAACACUUUUUGGGUACUAGAUUUGUUUUGGUUUUGUUUGCUUUGCUGUUUUGUUUUAAUUGUGUAAGCAAGCAUUGCAGCUCUGUUGGAAUCCAAGUGCAAAUCCAGCAGAAUGAUGGUGCAAUAUAGUGGGUUUCUAGGAGAAACUCUCAUUACAGUUCUCUAAGUAGUCCUUUUCAGCAGUCUUAAAAAGGCAACCAUACUGAAGUUGUACAUUUUUAUGUUCUUUUUUCAGCCCCAAAACUAAAACAAGACAUAAUUUCUUUUUUUUUUUCUUCCCUCUUGGUCAAGUGUAAGAGUUAUUAAUUGUGUGAAUGUAAUGACUACUAAUGCAGUUGCUGUUUUUGAUGUUUCAGUCCCAGGAUUAUUUGUAGGUACGAAAAGUCAAAUUAUGGUUUAGCUUGCCAAAUUUUUGAUACAGUUCCUGUCUUUACAGGUUCAAAAGAUUUGCUGUACAAUCUUUCACAGCGAGCUACAAAUGCUCCAGUCUGGGCCAAAGACUGAGAUGGUUGUGAUUUAGCUAAUUGUUAAGAGAAACAUCUGUUCCAGUGGCUCAUGUUAUAAACUUAAUUGCAUAGCUGCUGUGAACUAGUGUUCACUUGAUGGCACUCAAAACAGAAUGGCAGAAAUGUAGCUCCUCGUUUAUGGUUAGUUCUGCUAUGAACUUCUUAUUCAGUGCAAAAGUGCUUGAAAACCACCAUGCUGUGCUGUUCCUUAGGAACUACCUGCCAGUGUCAAGCACUUGGUACAUUUGGGAUUUUUGUUGGAUUUUGUCUUUUUUUGUCUGUCUCCUAGACAUUGAUGAGUAUUACGUGCAGUUGCACUAAGCAGUUUCCUGUUGAGAAAGCACUGCGUUUUGUAUCCACCCUUUCAGUUACAUACAAAACCCAAAGCAGUUUUUCUUACUUUAAGAACAAAAGGUUUGUUUUUUGAGGGGACCUCUUCCAGGUGUGUUUGCUCCCAGUUUUCUCCAUCCUGUAGUAAUUCCUUUGUCAUUCAUUCCUGGUCCACAAGCAGUAAUCAGGUAGAGAAAUCCUUCCAUAUUCAUGGAGGAAACAUUUGCUGGGAAAGGUGAGCAGAUGAGUUCCACUUUGCCCUCAUACAGUGUGUAGUUUAACCAGUGAAAAUGGAACCCCAAGCUUGACUGCUGCUUCUUGUGUGCUGACUUUAUAUUUUGGGGUGGUAGUGGAUCCCUUAGUUAGCUUCAGUAGUUACCUGAGCUUUUCUGCUGCAAUGUCGUGAAAGUGGGAGCCAGCUGCAAUAAUUUCAAUAAGUAGGGAUGCUCACAAAGAGUUUAAUCUUACUAGCAAAGAGCAUGAGGGCUUUCCUGGUGAAGCCAUUGGGAAAUUUAAGUCAAUUUCAGCAGAAACAGAAUCAGUCCUGUGAUGGGAGGAUGCCAGCAGGCCAUUAGCUUCUCUUGUCUCUGCAAGAUGCUGGCUGUCAAACAAUAAGUUCAGAUACCCUUCCAAGAUCUCCAGCAGCUUACAAGGCUCAUCUGCUUGUGUGGAAAUGCUCUUCCAUGAAGAAAUCUGCUGAAUUUCACAUAAAUGAAAGCAGAAUAAAAGAAAAGAGAAAAAAAAAAUGCCCUUCAUGUUCUUCUGCCUGUAAUUUAUGCACUGUACCUUCUUCUGCCUGUAGUAUACUGAAUGUGUUCAUUUGGUUGUUUAUUCUGAUCUGUCUUUCCUUGAGAUGCCUGGCUGUGUCUGUGAUGAAUAUCCUACGUGGUGGUGUUGUUCCUGACAUAUGACACGUGUGUUCAGGCCCUUCUUUGUUAGGGCUUAGUAUGUCCAGGUGCUACCCCAACUCAUUAGGAGUUGAAGGACCUUCACAGAUAAGGUGUUGCUGUUAGUUUCAGUUUUGCUAUAGAAACACAUGAAUUACUCAGACAUCUGAAUUUUAUUGUUCACUAUGUUUCUGCAUCUUCCUGGCUGUGCUCUGGUGGUUUUUGUUUCUCUGCAACACGUCCUUGAUGUGACUUCUGUUUACUUUCACUUGAAAAUUACUUGAUUCUUACUUCUUUGGUAAACACAUCAGGAAUGGAUUUUCAUCCUUGAUUGCUUUGCUCUGAAUUUGAGAGAGAGCCUGCAGCCACCUGACAUCAACCCACCAAACAUGGGACCUCUUCAAGUACGGGAUGCAGCAGUCCAUGUCUGCUUGCAAUUUGGAUGUGUUUGUGUAGGGCUGGGGGGAGAUGCACAGCUUGACUUAUUUGUGACUCAGCCAGAAUACACAAUGCUUGUGUGCUGACACGGCGUUCAUGCUUGGAUCUUUGCAUUCACAACACUCUUAUUGGUGAUGAAAUGCAACUUGUCUUUCCUUGUGUUCGCUGCUUCUGAAAUACAUACACUCCAUUUGCACUUGUCUGCUCCGAUAAGCCAAAGAGAGAGCCACACAACCACAGCUCCUUCAUCCUUUGGUCGUUCUUACAGUGUGCAUGGCCAUGAAAACACGCCUGUGUGUGACUGCAGUGCUACUCUCCAGGUGUAUCCUGCUGCCCAGGCUCAGUGUGUAGGAAACCUGAUGGCUUUGGCAGGCUGUGUGUGGAGUUUGGAGCGACCCUGACCCCAUGGGCAGUUCUUGUACCAUUUUGCUUUCAUGUGUUUUGUAUUUGACUAAAGAAAUGUAACAAAGGGUGGGAUUUUUCAAAGCCGCAGGGAAGCAAGUGCUCAGACCCUUUUGGGCUCCCAAGGGAAUUUGGGUCCCUGAUGUCAGGAGCACCUUUCAAAAUCCCAUUCCUCCGUUCUGCUAUACUUGAAAACCAUGUUCUCAGUUCAACGCUUUCAAAUGUAAAAACCUGUUCUUUUGUUCUGAUGGAAUGAAUGUAAAUUUCUGCAAGAAUGUGUGGGAGCUUUGCUAGGGAGGACCUUAACUACAGCCAUGUCCUGUUGUGGUUGUGCUCCAGGAGGAAAGAAGUCUGCAUCAUCUUCAAGUAUUUUAGUAAGGGUAAAACUAGUGGAAUGUU